CUCCGCCCCUCCAAGUCGGCUCCUUAGCCGCUCGGACUCGGCGCUGGCGGCCCGGGCAAGUCUGGCUUCCCUCCGCCAUGGAGCGGCUAACGUUGCCUUCCGGCGGCGCAGCGGCCGUGGACGAGUACCUGGAGUACCGGAGAAUUGUUGGUGAGGACGAUGGAGGGAAACCUUUUACUCCUGAAGAAUAUGAAGAAUACAAAAAAAAAGUAUUGCCGAUGCGCUUACAAAACAGAUUAUUUGUGAGCUGGCGAUCACCAACUGGAAUGGAUUGUAAACUUGUGGGUCCAGAGACACUGUGCUUUUGUACACAUAGGUAUAAACAACAUAAAACUGACUUUGAAACGAUUCCACAGCAGCGCCCCAUUAGUCUCCCUUGCCGAGUGACUGGCUGCCAGUGCAGGGCUUACCUUUAUGUCCCUCUCAAUGGUGCGCAGCCCAUUCGCUGCAGGUGCAAGCACUUUGCUGAUCAGCACAGGGCUGCGCCUGGCUUCAUGUGCAAUGCCUGUUCCAAGUGCUCAGGAUUCCAUAGUUGCUUUACUUGUGCUUGUGGUCAGCCUGCAUAUGCUCAUGACACAGUAGUGGAAACUAAGCAAGAAAGACUGGCCCAGGGAAAACCAGUGGGACAGGAUGUCCCUUAUGCAGCAAUGGGAGGCCUGACUGGCUUCAGCUCGCUGGCAGAAGGCUACAUGCGAUUAGAUGACAGCGGGAUUGGUACACCUUCAGUGGAGUUUUUAGACUCUCCAGUUAUAUCCAUGGACCACCCAUUUUUAAAAGCAUUUCAAGCAUCAUCUAGUUCUUCUCCAGAAACACUAACAGAUGUAGGUACAAGUGGUCAAGUUGCUUCCUUAAAGAGACCUGAAGAGGAUGAUAUGGCUUUCUUUGAAAGACGAUACGAAGAAAGGAUAAAAAUGGAAAAGGAUGCUAAGCAGAAAGGAAAAGCACCAUUGCCAUCGAGUACAAAACCUUCAUGAAGACUAUCCAAUUAAGACCAUCAUCCAGAUAGGGAUCCUCUGACAUUGUGGCUUGGGAUGAAUCAUAGAUGUAUGAAAGAUAUGGGGGAAUUAAUGACCUUGUGACCACCCUUGACUAAUGGGUAAAUCCUCUCUUCCAUCUCCUAGGAAGAUAAUUCUGAGAUGCCUUUCAUGAGCUUCCUCAGAAAAUCCUGUGGGACUGAGCACCAGUCACCCAUAGUAGUGACCAACCCCAUAAUGUAUUCUUAUGUUAGCUUUCUCUACUUCUCCCUUUCUGAUCCUUCUCGCUGAUUACUUCUCAAAUAAACACCUGUAUGUGA